CAUUACGUUUUAUAUUACCAAUAAUAUAUUUAUUUGUCAAAUGUUAAUUUAAUAAAUAAUUAUUAAAAAUAUAUGUUAAAAUAAUUAAUUACCAAUUAGAUUAUAUUUACGAAAUAUUACUGGUUUGUUUCAAUUCAUGGUGUAAUUAAAGUUCUAGCUGCGACAAAAAUGGCCAACGUAAAUACAGGGCAGUUAUUAAAUUUUCAAGACUAUUCCCCUGAGCACAAUGAUCGAAGCGCACGAAUCGACGUGGAAGCGGUGCAUACAAAUCAAUAUAACAAUUCUAUGUCAAAUCCCAAUUACGAUUACCAAGACCCCAAAAUUGGUGACGAACCAGAGGCAGCCCCACAAAGUAAUCACAAUUUCUGGACUGUAGAGUAUUAUCAGAAGUACUUUGAUAUACAAACUAAUGAGGUGGUGGAGCGGAUCAUAUCUUCAGUACUGCCACAGAAAGUGACAGCAAACUACUUUGAUGAGAGGAUCAAGGGCAAGCCUGAUUUGUAUGGCCCUAUAUGGAUUUCUGUUACCCUGAUCUUCACAAUAGCCGUAAGUGGUAAUAUAGCGAGCUACCUAAGUAAUGCCAACAAAACAGUCCACUGGCGAUAUGACUUCCACAUCCUGUCUUACGCCGCAACCGCCAUAUUUUGUUACGUGUGGGUUGUGCCCCUGGCACUUUGGGCGGCCCUCAAAUGGUCUACCAUACCAAAUGGUCAAGAUGAAAUUGAGACACAGCAAUUGAAUUCACCAACAAUCAUGUCGCUCUUCUGUCUGUAUGGAUACUCCCUCGCUAUAUACGUACCCGUUGCCGUCCUGUGGACCAUCCAAGUUUACUGGCUGCAGUGGCUCUUCGUCAUCGUAGCUGCAUUCGUCUCUGGUGCUGUCCUCAUAUUCUGGUUGAUGCCCGCACUGAGGAAGUCCAGAUACUUCCCUAUACUUAUCGGCUGUAUAUUAGGCUUUCAUUUUCUACUAGCUGCAGGUUUUAUGUCCUACUUCUUCCAUAGCCCAAGCUCUGGAGGAGUUACAGCUAUGCCAGAUGUGAUCGCCACAACAUUCGGUCCUAAGUAAUUUGUGAUAUAAUUGGGUACAUUUAUAUAGGAAAUACAACAUUUCCAUGGUAUUAAAAAUAUGGAUUUUUAGUCAUGCAGUAUGUUAGUAUUAAAUAUUAAUCUUCUUAUUCAUAAAAAUACCAAAUUACUAUACUAUUUUGAUUCAGCUAUUGAAUUUUGUUGUCCUUUUCGUACCAACUGUUUUCUUCCUAAGGAAGAAAGAGACAAAAUACUAAUAACUAAAAU